AUGGUAAAUGAGAGGCUGGCCUCGGCAGCAGAGUCGAGUGAUCAGUACGAACUGGAUGAGGAGCAUAUGGCCAUCAGACACUUCCUCGUGGCGGAGAUGAGAAAGAGGGGGUGGAGUGGGGAGGAAGCCCCUGUAAUUAGGGAGAGAAACGAGUCCAGAGGGAGGAGUGUGUCGGUCUCACGCAGUGUAGAGGACGUGGGUGGGGGGAGGAGGGGAGGGAGGAGAUUGCAGAGGAGAGGGUCAGGGAUGACUGAUAGAACUGGGAGAAGUGUCCUUAUCUCAGAUGACGAAGACGACAAUUACGACGGUGUUUCGUUUGCCCCUCAAUCACUGCAUCGUUGGGGAGGAAGAUCAUCUACCAGCCGGUUGGACCCCCUGAGAGCCAGCUCCAGAAAAGAACCCUUUACUUCCAAGUCUAUUGCGCGACAGAAUAGUAGAACAAAUUCGGGCUCCACGUCUCUUGUGAGGCACAACAAUAUAGACAACGUCACCAAAAGCAGGCAGUUGAAGAGACCCUUUGCCCAGCAGGAAGACGCACCCCCAGCGUUGAUCCCCGAAGACAGGGUCGAAUCGUCUAUAACCACAGGGGCUUACCCGGUAAUCGAUCACUGGUUAGAGGACGACGUUGGCUGUAGACAUCAGACGAAGAAGAGAAAAUCCAGAGAUCCGUUUUCAUCUUCUCACAGUCAGCGCUCUUCUCAUAGCUCCUCCGGUGGUACAAAGGGAACACUGAGUCUCAGAGAUCUCAGAGGAGGAGUGGGGAGCACACGAUCUCGACAGAGAGUCUUGUACAGCUCCGUUUCAAAUGUUGAGCGGAGCACUUGUGCAGGAGGUGAGCUGGCGAAAUCUUCAAGAGAUGGUGGAGAUUUGUGUAGUGAUGUGGUGACUGUUGACUCCUCGCCCGAGUCCAGCCCUCACCAGGAGCACACCUUCACCAGUCACACCAGUCACAGCCUCACCCAGCCCCCCGCCCUCCACGUAACUUCAAGAGGACGCGCAACCAAAUCUACGCAGCCCUCUCAACCUCUUCUCCUCCCACUCCGCAUCAGAGUCAGAAUCCAGUCAAAGUCCUACCUCGUCCCGUGUCCAGCCAAGCUCCCCGGCGGCUCGGACUCCACCAUCCAGUGGCUGGCGACCCAGGCAGGGGAGCGGUACUACGCCCAGCACGGAGUGAGACCACGCCUCUCUCUGGCCACCUCCGACGGGGCGCUGCUCUCGGGCGACGACGUGGUAGCUCACGUCCUCCAGAGUGGGGAGGAGGUGGAGGGACAGGUGGAGCAGUGGCACCUCCCACCCCUCCCCGAGCGAUACCAGAUGGCCUGCGCAACCUCUGGACUCGAGUGUCACAAGAAGGUCCAGGAGCUGUUCCAGGGCUCUUCCAGCCUCUCCGUCCUCGAUCUCUCCCACUUCUCCCUCCUCCCCACCCACCUCCCUCCCCUAUUCACAUCCCUGCGAGGCCACACCCCCCUCACCAACCUCAGUCUCGCCGGGAACAGGCUCAAUCCCGAGGGGUUGUCCCUGCUCGCUAACUCCCUCUCUCGUCACCCCAACCUGCGUGCUUUAGACCUCUCCUGCACUGGACUUACUCCACAGGGCCUAGAGACCCUCUCCAACCCUUCCUCUCCAUCGUCCAUGGCUCCCCAACCCCACUCCACCCCCAGCUGCAAGCCGUGGUCCUCGCUGAGGGAACUGUCCCUUGCCCACAACCCCCUCGGUGUUGACUGCGGCCCGUCCCUCUCCGCCCUCCUCUCUCUCACUCCCGACCUCCGCGAGCUGCGCCUGCAGAGCUGCGGGCUGGAGGCAAGGGCUAUGGAGAGACAUACUGGCCUGGGCCACACACUGAGAGGUCUGGGUCACCUGACAGAGGUGGUAGUAUCUCUGAAUCCUCUCGGGCCUCGAGGCGUGGCCUCCCUCCUCCAGUGUCUGCCGACUGAACAUCUCUCUACACUGGACCUGGCCAACACCAGUACCGACCUGCCUCUGGCUCCCACACUCCUGGAGGACCCUAAAGUACUCGAGUUCUUCACUCAGGUGAGCAGUAAGUUGGAGUGUCUGAGUCUGUCUCACUGCCCACUGGAGAUGGAGAGUCUCCUCCAGCUACUGGGCGACUGCGGACACCUGAGGGAACUGAGACUGGCAGCUGUUGGUCUCACUUCUCUCUCCACUACUCCUCUCUCCAAAUUUGUCCAGAGGUGCCAGGGCCUGAGACUACUGGAUGUGAGCGGUAACGAAGGUCUGGGCAACGAGGGGUGUCUCCGGCUACUCCACUCCUGCAGUGUGGCUGGCAGAGAUCUCAAGAUGGACCUGCGGUCGUGCGGCAUGACCUCGCCUCUACCCAGGCAGCUGAGUGGAGCUCUCUCAGACCUGGUUGCAAAGAACGUGGCUGAAAUUAUGGGCAACAGAAUUGACUCAACAGAGUAUGUGUCUUUGUUUCAAACCAAAAGUGAAUAA